UUAUAUCUUAUAAAUUGGUAUAGAGGAAUGAAUCUAUUUUCCUAAGCCAGAUAUCUCAUGUACGCCAUUUAAGACUCUAAGGGCACUCCUGUGUCUUACCCAUUGUCGAUAUAGACUCUUACCUACAGAAUUCAUAUCCAGUCUGUGUUGCUGGCUUACUGGGUAGUUUCUUUUUUCUGAGCUCUGAUCUGCUUGCCUGGGGCCCUGUGAUGGGCUGAAUGUUUAUGUACCCCCAAAUUCUUGUGCGGAAGCCAUCACUCCCAAGGUGAGGGUAUUAGGAGGUGGGGCCUUUGAGAGGCAAUUAGGUUUAGAUGAGGUCACGAGGGUGGGGUCCUCAUGAGGAAAUCAGUACUCUUGUAGAAAGAGACCAGAGAGCCUGUUCCCUCUCUCCUCUAUGCCAUGUGAGGAUACAAGAAGAUAGAAGGCCAUUUGCAAACUAGGAAGGGUGUUGUCUAGCCUUCUGAGCCUCUGGAACUGUGAGAAAUAAAUGUUUUUUGCUGUUUAAGUCACCUAGGCCAUGGUAUUUUGUGACAGCAUGCAAACUGUCUAAGACAGGCCCUGAAAACCUGUCUACUAGAGCCUCUUACCUGAGGGACUAGACCUUGCAGUAGUUUUUCAGCGAAUCUUUCUACCUCCGUGCUUUUCCCAUCACACUCGUCUAGAGUUAGACUGCGUUCCCAGAGUCUGGUGGAAGGUUAUCAUUAAGAUAAGUGACUACUUUCUAGAGGACAGUCCCAUGUGAUAAAUGACCUGUCACGUUGGCCCAGGCCCUAUCUUGUGCUGGCCCUCUCUCCUUUCCACCCAUCUCCACUGUGGUUCACUGUGUCUUUUGGAUUAGGAUACAGAAUGUACGGCAUUCGUGUGAGUUUCAUAUGGGUACAAGGUAGAUUUCUAACAUGAUCUGACACAAGUUUUAGUUUAACUGAAUUUACUAGGUCCUUUCAUUGUUCCUGUGGUCUUACAUUCAUCGCCACUACCUGCCGGACAAAUGAUUAUAGGACAAAUGAUUAUAAGCUUCGUGCUGUGAGUUGAUUGCUUCUUGGCAUAUCAGUCAUCUUUCAGGAGAGUGGGGGAAUCCGGAGAACCUGAUGCAUUUGGAGCCAGGCACUGUGCAGGGAUGACAGGGGGAUGCAGUUGCCAGGACAAGACCUUAAUCAGCUGGCUUUCCAAAAAAGGUGGUUGACCAGAUUGAUACCCUGACCUCCGACCUACAGCUGGAGGAUGAGAUGACCGACAGCUCCAAAACGGACACGCUGAACAGUAGCUCCAGUGGGACCACCGCCUCCAGUAUCGAGAAGAUCAAAGUGCAGGCCAACGCACCCCUCAUCAAACCCCCAGCGCACCCGUCCGCUAUCCUCACCGUCCUGAGAAAGCCAAACCCCCCGCCGCCCCCCCCGCGGUUGACCCCUGUGAAGUGUGAAGAGCCCCAGAGAGGGGUGGCUUCGGUCCAUCCCGUGAAGACGAACGGCACCCUCCUGCGAAACGGAGGCUUCCCCGGGGCACCGAGCAAAAUUCCCAAUGGAGACAUCUGCUGCAUCCCUGCUGGUACCUUGGACAAGUCUCCGGGGCCGCCCCUGAUGCACAGACCUGAAAAAGACAGGUGUCCCCAGGCAGGGCCUCGGGAGCGAGUUCGGUUUAAUGAAAAAGUGCAGUACCAUGGCUAUUGUCCCGACUGUGACGCCCGGUAUAACAUAAAACACAGGGAGGUCCACUUACACAGCGAACCCGUCCACCCACCGGGAAAGCUUCCUCCCCCAGGCCCUCCCCUCCCUCCUCCACCCCACCUCCCUCCUUUUCCGCUGGAAAACGGGGGACUGGGAAUAAGCCACAGUAACAGCUUCCCCCCUCUCAGACCUGCAACUGUGCCUCCUCCCACUGCACCAAAACCACAGAAGACGAUCUUGAGGAAAUCAACCACUACAACAGUGUGAUGUAUGCCAUUUCCAAAACCUUUCUGUUUUUGUUUUUUUAAUUUCUAUGUUAUAAACAUAAAAUAAUAAGUAAUGAGCACUUUCUACUCAAGCAAUAAAAAGCCCAAAUAUAUUAAUCCUGCAUUCAGCAAAGUGGCAUAAAGACCACCUGGUAAGUAUGCCGUAUGUUGUUUAUAUCCCGGGUAUACGGUGUUUAAAAAGUUGCAUCAUCAGAAACCACAGAACCAUGAAAAAGCUGCGUUUACUGUUUUUUGUGUGUGUGUGUGUUUUUUUUUUUCCAACCGGCCUAUGCUAAAGGGUGACCUGUAGAUUUCAAACGGUCUGAUUUACUAUCAGAGAUGGGAUUAGAUUCAUUUUAUCCAUGCCUAACUCAUCUAUGCAUUAAUAACAUGUCAUCCUCCUAACUUUGACCAGAUGCUUUUUAGGAAGAAAUUUUAAUACCGAAGGACUAUUUUAUUAUUUUUUCUAAAGAUGUUUGUCACUAGUUUUACAUUAUGAAAUGCCAAGAACAAUACCAAAAAGUUUAUUUUCUAUACUCUACAAUUAUGAUUAUAUGUUCCUCUCGAUAUGUAAUGAAAGAUUUUUGUCUGUGGAAAUACCAUAUGUCAAUAAACAACCGUAUGUAAUGGCAAAAGCACAUGUUCCUCAGAGCGAAAAUGCAGUAGUGGUUCCUUGAAUCCCGUGUUAAUAUUCAUCAAAAUGGGUGACUACGCUGACCGUGUUUGGAGAAGAUUACAGUGAGUAUAUGGCAGCAUUUUCUAAAUUAAAUAUCAUUAUCAGGUCACAAGUAGUACUUUACACAUUUUCACAGUAUGUCUUGUGGUUUCCCCAAGACCGUAUAUUGAAGGUCUCAUGACCCAAUACAUGGCCAAGCCCUUUAUAGCCUCCUCUCACUCGGCCUCCCUCCCGGACACACCAUAAACCAGGACACGUAAGCUGUGGGAUGAUUUGCCUCCUUCGUCAGCAAGUUCUCUGCCUCCCCAAGGGAAUCCUAUUUAUAAGAGAAUCAUAGCGGAAAAUAAGGAUACUUCUGGAAUAGCAUAUUUUUAGUAUCAGCCUUAAUGAUGUUUCCCCUCUGAAUUGAAAUAUGCCAGGGGUCUUUGUUAUUUUAUAGAAGGAAGAGAAGAAGUCCUUUCCUCCUGACAUCUUAUAGAGGUCCUUCUCUUAAGCCUAACUCGCCAGCUUGUCACUUACCCACCCAUGGAUCAAGUUCACUUCCCAACUACUGUGAUUUGGAUUGAUUGGCUAUUUUGCUCUGGAACUAGAAAUGAGGUUCUCUGUCCAAGAACCAUGAUGACAGGUGCAUACCUGAACACAAGUUGUCCAUUAAGUGGCAAGAGGAGAGGGAGUUAUCUUUGGUGAAAAUUGGUUUAUUGUGCAGCUUAAUAAAAAAAUAUUAUAAUCUUUUGGACUAUUUGGCUUUUGAUCUCAAAACUUUAAUCUUUGUUGCUACAGGGAAGUAGUCCUAUUUCUUUGUUGCCUUUUUCAAAUCAUACGAUGGUAAUCUGGCAUACUGGUUUUUCAACAACUUCCUAUUAAAAGAUGAUAACAUACCUUAGGCAGAAUGACAGAAAGAAAAUAGGCAUUACUUUUUGAAGGAACAAGUAAAUGAGUAAAAAAAAACAGAGGAUGUCAUCUUACAAAUUUACUCAGCAUGAUUUUCGUUCCUAUGUGUGUUGGCCGUGAAGAUAAUGUAAGCACAAUAAAUCCAUUUUUUUCUUCAGAAAGUUACAGAACAUAAGACCAAUAAUAAAGAAAAGCCAUAAUCUAAAAUAUAUUAAUUGUGUGAUAAGUAUGUUUAAUAAACCUGACCCAAGUAAACACAGAAUUAACUUCCCGAAUACCAAACUAAUAUAUUCUUAACUUUUUCAUGCAUUCAUUUAGGCUUGAUAUAAAUAAACCCAAGCUUUCAUCAUCUUUCUUGAUUUUAGUAAUUGCUUUCUUUCAAAUGUGCAUCCAGCGUUAGACCAUAUGGUGUUAUGAGCAGUCUUUGAAGACAUGCAACUUCUCCCUUCAGCUCAUCUUCCUUUCACAGCCAGUUACCGUGACCUAAUAAUUAGCUUUUCGUUGGAAAUGCUGACCCCUGUCAAUGUCUGGGAGCCAGUCUGGAUCUCAAGGUAAGAGCUUCCUAGCAAUGACAAAUCACUCACGGAGCAGAUAACUUAAUUGCAAUGAAGUAUGCUGAAUAAGCUGAGUAAUUCAAGCUGAUGGGAGAAGGACAUUGAAACAAGUGCUUAGCCACAACCCGUGAGGCUCAAAGUCUUCUCUCUUUCUCAAAGUAGAGACAAGGGGACCCCAUGAACAACCAUCAUUUUAAGUGUGUCAUUGGUGACCGAUGCCAAAAAUGGCAACACCUGUUCUGGUUCAACACAUUUACAAGUAACUUUUGGUCUAGAAGGCGGAGUCAAAUCCCAAC